UCAUGCGGCAUGAGUGUUUUGGAUGUUGCGCGCGCUCAGCGCGUGGGAGACCGCUAUAUUUCGCAGCUCGCGCCAGGACUCGAAUAUUUGUCGGCAGGGGGCGCGAGCCAGUGACAUUGCCCGAGACCAGUAAAUGUAAAUCUGGACUGGAGACUUGAAGUACUACGCAGUCAACGUGAGACCCUUCAGGAUCCGCGCUGUGCCCCCACUCCCUCUUAACAUAUCCCUGUCAACACUUUUCAGCGCGUUAUACCUGAAAAUCCUCCAAAGCGUUCAUCAUUGUUCCCGAAAAGAUGUUCGGGUGAUUUUUCAGUGUCAUCUGAUCACGUUUUUGCAUCGUUUUAGAGGGGGAGAAAAUCGAGAGACCCACAGCACUCAAGUCUGUUGAUCCGGAUGAACGAACUGGUGAAAAAGUAAAAACUCGCAACAGAUUUGAUCGCGGACAACUUCUCUGAGGCUGAGGAGACAGCAGAAGCUAUGGCUUACUCUCUCUCUCUCAGUCUGCUCUACCUGGGCUUGCUGUGUGGAAACGGACCGGUGUCUGCACGAGGAUCCAAGCUGUUCACUACAGAUCCCAGCAGAGGACCUCAUUUUACAGGCUGCCGCUCCAGAGAGCAGGAGACCUUCCGUUGCUGGUGGAGCGCUGGGACCUUCCAGAACCUCACAGAGCCUGGAGCCCUAAGGGUCUUCUACCAGACCAAAAAUGCCCUCUCUAGUGAGUGGAAGGAGUGUCCAGACUACACGCAUACUGUGGAAAAUGAGUGCUACUUCAACAAGACCUUCACGCACAUCUGGACCUCCUACUGCAUCCAGCUGCGCUCGGUUCCUCAGAACAUAACCUAUGAUGAGGCCUGCUUUACAGUGGAAAAUAUUGUGCAUCCUGACCCACCAAUUGGGCUGAACUGGACUCUACUGAAUGUGAGUCGCUCAGGGUUGCACUUUGACAUCCUUGUGCGCUGGGCUCCCCCUCCGUCAGCAGAUGUGCAGAUGGGCUGGAUGAGUCUGGUGUACCAGGUUCAGUACCGGGUCAGGAACACCUCCCAAUGGGAGAUGCUGGACCUGGAGAGUGGCACACAGCAGUCCAUCUAUGGUCUGCACACUGACAAAGAGUACGAAGUCCGUGUGCGCUGCAAGAUGUCAGCCUUUGAUAACUUUGGUGAAUUCAGUGACAGCAUCAUUGUACAUGUGGCACAGAUACCAAGCAAAGAAUCAACAUUCCCAACGACAUUGGUGUUGAUUUUUGGAGUGAUUGGAGUGGUGAUUCUUCUUAUCCUGCUCAUCUUCUCCCAGCAGCAGAGGUUGAUGGUAAUCUUUUUACCACCUAUUCCUGCUCCUAAAAUCAAAGGCAUCGACCCAGAGCUGCUAAAGAAUGGAAAACUUGACCAGCUCAAUUCUUUGCUGAGCAGCCAAGAUAUGUACAAGCCGGACUUCUAUCAUGAGGACCCAUGGGUGGAGUUCAUCCAGCUGGACCUUGAUGACCCUCCAGAGAAGAAUGAGGGUUCUGAUACACAACACCUGCUGGGCCUGUCCCGCUCGGACUCUUCUCGUGUCCUUAAUUUCAAAAGCGACGACGAUUCGGGUCGUGCUAGCUGCUACGACCCAGAAACCCCAGAUCCUGAGGACUUGGCUUCCCUUCUGCCUGGCCAUUCUGGACAGGGAGAGCAGCACCCUCUGGUUUCCAGAAGCAGCUCGUCUUUCCCUGAACUUGGCGUCCAACAGACAUCAGAAGUGGUGGAGACGCCCAUUCAAGCGCAACCUGCUGUGCCCAGCUGGGUUAACAUGGACUUUUAUGCCCAAGUAAGUGAUUUCACACCAGCGGGAGGAGUGGUGCUCUCACCUGGACAGCUGAACAGCUCUCCAGAGAAAAAGAAAGAGGAAGAGAACGAGAACGAGAAGAAGAAGAUACAGUUUCAGCUGCUUUCCGAUGGAGCCUACACCUCAGAGAACACGGCCAGGCAGCUUUCCGCCGACGUGCCGCCCGGCCCUGGUCCUGAGCAGGGGUACCAAUCAUUCCCAACCCAGGCUGUUGAGGGGAACCUCUGGAAUGGGGAGUACCUGGUGUCCGCCAGCGAUUCCCAAACACCGUACUUGCUUCCUGAAGCUCCUCCGGUCCCCAUACUGCCACCAGUGUCAGACUAUACUGUAGUGCAGGAAGUUGACGCCCAGCACAGCCUCCUCCUGAAUCCUCCUUCCUCGCAACCCACGGUCUGUUCGCACAGCCCAAACAAACACCUCCCUGCGAUGCCAACCAUGCCAAUGGGGUACCUCACCCCAGACCUUCUGGGAAACUUAACUCCAUGAAGGGGCAAAGAAUCGCAAAACUGAUGGUCCUGUUAUACCUUCUCACUGCUGGAAACCAAAGUUGCAUGAACAACAUGGGACGGAAAUUCCAUUUUGUUUGGGAGCUCUGCACAUGGAUUUUCUCUGCUGUACGCUACAAAAUGGACGAAGCUGAAAACGUUUCUUUUCUAGCAGCUGUUACAGUAGUGCUACGCUAGCUCGCCGAGAGAGUUAUAAUGCGUUAUCGAUUUACAAUCAGAAACGUCAGCUGGUUACAUGCAAAAAAGAAAAAUCACUACAGAAAUAUGCUCGCUUGCUGUGUCAGAAAACCAUUUUGAAAAUGUGUUUAUGUUAUUACAAAGUUACAGGUGUAGAGCUACAGUGGCAUUGGGAUGAAAUAUAUUCGAUAAGAUAAAUUCAAACAUAUCUUUAUACAAAAUUGUUUACACACAGAUAAAAGACGUAUCGCUUUACUGUGAUUCAUCAACCCACAUUUGCUUGUGUGUGGAAUAUUAACUAUAUUUCGUUACAUAAUAUCACAGUAACUGAAACAAUUCGUUUUUGUUGUCUCAAUAUCUUUUCUCGAAUCUCAACGACAUUGAUCGUUAGCUUCCCCAAAUUUAUUUUGUGUGCUGCAUCCAUCCUGCAUGUUUUAUCCUUCGCCAUAGCCAUAUGGAUAAACUUAGCAAAUUAGCUUUUUCCAAUAUGCUAAAACACAAAAAAUGGGGUUGUGGUGCAGAUGUGUAUUUUAGCACCACUAUAUGUGACUGUAAUAUUCGCGAUUAUUGCUAGAAAAUGUCGAGACUAGUGUUGGUAAUGAUGAUAGCCCACUGAACAAACUGUUACCUUGCCUUGUUCAAAGAGUGAGAAAUGAAUUCGUCUUUAUUUGUAUUAAUGUAUCCAGGGGAAAUGUCAAAAAAUACGCGCUUAUAGAGUCUUUGCUGUGCAAUGCAAACCGAAUGGCGGGUUUUCUUAUAUUUUACCUUUGUACAUGUAGCAGUUUUAUAUUGAUGAA